ACACGCUGGGGCAGCGAUGUCGGCAGCGGCUUCUGAGGGACCCACUGGGGGCCCUCUGCCGAGUGACUGAUGGGCUUGGGGUUCAACUGCUUCUCCCUGAGUCUAACCGACAGCCUGCCUCCUGUCUGCCUGGCUGGCCCUUGCCUGCUGUCGGUCCAUCCCUGGUGCAGCCGAUCGGUCCCUGCCCCAAGAUGACCCUCUUCUGUCCGUGUAUGACCUCUCUGGGACGCGACUGACCACUGCGUGGCCUGCCUGCCCAGGGCCCAGCUCCCAUCUGUCCAGGGGGCAGGUUGCAUCCUGUCUGGUUGAUGACUCGGUGUCGGCUGUGGAUUCCCGUCCAAGAGCCCUGCCUGUCCUCCCACCACACGGAGCCCAGCUGCCCCCCCUGGGAGCCCACUGAGCGCCCUGAGCUCACGGAAUGGACGUCUGAGGAAGAAGCGGGAAUAGCAGGCCCGGAGUCAGCAUGCCGCGUGGCUGGGCCGCCCCUCUGCUCCUGCUGCUGCUCCAGGGCGCCUGGGGAUGCUCAGACCUUGUCUGCUACACCGAUUACUUCCGGACGGUCACCUGCUUCCUGGAGACGUGGACCCCCGACCCCAGCAUGCUCACCCUCACCUGUCAAGCUGUCUCCUCCUUUCAACGUGACCGUGACCUUCUCGGAACAUUAUAACAUCUCCUGGAGCUCCGAUUACGACUCGUACGCGCUCAAGGGCAGACUGCAGUAUGAGCUGCGGUACAGGAAGCGGGGAGACCCCUGGACGCAGAGUCCGGGGCGGAAGCUGAUCUCAGUGGACGUCAGGAGCGUCUCCCUCCUGCCCUUGGAGUUCCACCCAGGCGCCAGCUAUGAGCUGCAGGUGCGGGCGGGGCCCCAGCCCGGCUCCUCCUUCCAGGGGGCCUGGAGUGAGUGGAGCGACCCGGUCCUCUUUCGCACCCAGCCAGAAGAGCUCCAGGCAGGCUGGCACACGGACCUGCUCUAUCUCUUCCUGGUCUUCACGCUCCCCAUCCUUGUCUACUUAGGUCUGAAGAUCCGCCUGCCUUGGAGGCUGUGGAAGGUGUGGGUGCAGGUGCCCAGCCCAGAGCCGUUCUUCCAGCACCUGUAUGUGAGCCACAGCGGGAACUUCAAGAAAUGGGUGGGCACGCCCUUCACUGCCUCCAGCCUGGACCUGGGCCCCUGGAACCCAGGGGUGCCCUCGCCCUUGGAGAUGUACAACUGCUGCCCCCCGCUGAGCGCAGCCCAGGGGCUGGAGACCACGCUGCUGCCCGCGCCGGCGGAUCUGGUGGAAACCGACAGCACCCCUAAGCCCGAGCCCGAGCCCGAGCCCGAGCCCGAGCCCGAGCCAGGCUACUGGGGCCCUGCCCCCUGCACUGGCAGUGCGGGCAGCUCAGCUUACAGCCAGGAGGGGGACCGGCCCUAUGGCCUGGUGUCCAUCGACACGGUGACCGUGGUGGGUGCAGAGGAGCCGUGCGCCUGGCCCUGUACCUGUGGGGAAGAUGGCUACCCAGCCCUGAACCUGGACGCUGGCCUGGAGCCUGGCCCGGGCACCGAGGACCCGCUCUUGGGCCCUGGGGCCACAGUCCUGUCCUGUGGCUGCGUUGCAGCUGGUGGCCCUGCCGGGCUGGGGGCCCCCUUGGGCGGGCUCCUCGACAAACUGAUGCUGCCCCUUGAACAUGAGGCGGGUUGGGCGCCAGGGCCGCCGUGGGGGGGUGGGCCACCCGGAGGGGUGUCUGACAGCGAGGCGGGCUCGCCCCCCGCCGGCCUGGACAUGGACACGUUCGACAGCGGCUUCGCAGGCUCUGACUGCGGCAGCCCCGUGGAGUGCGACUUCUCCAGCCCCAGGGACGAAGGGCCCCCCAGGAGCUACCUGCGCCAGUGGGUGGUCAUGGCCCCUCCGCCUGCCGGGCCGGGGCCCCAGGGCAGCUAGUGAGGCUGCCGGCUGCUCAGAACUGGCCGUGCCCCCGGGGGGCGGCGAGGCAUGGGCUCCUGGGCUGUGGUGGGAAGAGGCCUGCGGCCUUUGGUCUCCCAGGGCCCUGAGCCGGGAGUUGAUGCUGUGCGUGUGUGGCUCAGGGCGCACGGCGUGUCUGCGUGUGCGAGCAGCACGCACGGGUGCGCACACGGCGGCGGCCUCCCUCCCUGCCGGGCACAUGGGCUGGCCCCUGGGUCACCUUUGAGAAUCGGGUCCAGUGCUGCCCCCAGGCCUCCUGGGACCAGGACACGGCCUGUGACAGACACCAAGCCCCGCCCCCGGGGCCUGCCCCUCCAGGAGCCGCAGGACGGCCACACUGUUCCUGAUCAGGUGGGAAGACCUGGGGACAGGGAGAGGCCUGUAGCCAGGUCUGAGCCUCACUCUGACGCCUCCUGGCUGUGCCACCUCGGGUGCUGGUCCCCCUCUGGGCUGGGACUUCCUAUCUGGACAUGUGGAUGGCACGCUGCCCUCGGGGAGAAAUCAGUGCAGUCACCCACCUAGUGCGCAGCCCAGAGCAGACCCUCAAUAAACGUCAGCUUCCUUCCUUCUGAGGCAGGACCGAGGCGUGUGCUGAAGGUGGGUGGGGGCAAGAAAGCAGCCACCGCCUGGGCCUGUGGCCAUCCCCACCCUGCAGAGGGGCACUGCGUGGGCGGGCGGUGGGGGGGGGGGGGGGGGUAAGAGGUGUUUCCGGGCUUAAAAUCAGUCAGCCUUGUCUCUUCAGACAGCCUCCCACCCACCAAAAAUUGUUUUUCUGGCUCCUUCUGCCCGUAUUUAAAUUCCCUUUAUGCGCCCAGGAAAUAUUUAUUGAGCACAGUGCGUGCUGGGCCUUGUGCCGAGUGCUCGGUACAGGGUGGGAGCACAGGCCCAGGGACCCCCUGGCACUCAGGGUGGGGACGGGGCAGCGGGAGUUGGCAGGAAGGACACAGCACUCUCAUGUGCUCCUUGGGGAGUUAGGGGAGUCACGUUCUUGCUGAUGAUUUGUAAGUCUGAUGAAAUGUGAAUUAAGAAGCCAAGAAAACAGUUCUCAGCCAUGUCUUGAAGGCACGUCCUGAACAUCAUUUUGCACAGGCGGUGAUACAAACGCUGCAUAUUGCACUCUACUCAUAUUUUUUAAAAGAAAAUGGACUGUUUUCCCCUAAGAGCCUUGACCUUUAGAGGUGACUUUUCAAGACCAUCCAGAUGAUGAAGGCAGCUGGGAGGUGACUCAGAGGCCACUCCAGGGCCCUGAGGGGAAUCCCCACCCAGCCUGGAACCCCACUGGGACCCCCGCCUGUCACCCUCCCCGGGUCAGGCCGGCUGCAGGGCCAGGCCUGAAGCAGACAGCUCUGGCUCGUCUCUCCUUUUGGGCAAGUCUGAGCUACACGUUGGUCCAUCUGAAAGCUUCUCUGUGACUCAUCUGUAAAACUGAGCGGUUGGGAAAAGUCAUUGAGAGAAUACACGAGUCCGUGGUGUGGAAAAUUCUAGAACAUUAUUAACCUGGAUUAGGCUGUUUGUGGCUCGAUGGCAGCACAAAUGUGAAACCACAGCUCCUGCAUAUGUGUGAACAGCCCACCAUCACCCUGGAGACACCUGAGCCAAGGUGGGCUGUGGUUUUCUCACCCUCUUGGGGGCAGCAGGUUCUAGGAGCCACCUGGUCCCCUAGUGCAGCUGCUCAGCUCUCCACACACACAGCUGUGUGCUGGGGGAGGGGGAGGGGGAGGGGAACUCCUGGGGCUGACUGACGCCAGGUCCCGGGGUCCGACCGGGGCUCUGGCCUGAGCCAGACAUAGCUCUUGACUGACUCCAUCUUUGACGGAGCUCAGAUCAUACACACGGGUGCAAAACGAAGACAGGAGCGGGCCCACCUGGGAGCAUGGAGGUGUAGGAGGAGGCCAGAUGGCUGGAUGGUGGCUGGACCUCCAGGCACAUUGGUGGGUGAAUAUGGGUAAGUGAUGGAGAGACAGAUGCAAAAGCUGGAAGAACUGUUCGAUGGGUGGAUGGAGAUAAACAUGCUAGAGACAAAGGUGAUGGAGCCAAUGGACGCUCCAUGAGGGAAGGACUAUUUCAUUCACUGCUUUCUCCUGUCUGCUACAUAGGAGGCCCUCAAUAAAGCCCGAUUUGUAGCGUUUGCUCAUUUCCACGGUGUAAAUACGUCCGCCAUGGCCAACUUCAAGCCCCAACGCCAUGGCCACACAUGGAGCUGGGAAGGGGUGUGCACUACUGACUCUCCCAGCUGGGCCGGCCGGCCCUGGGACGCCAGGGAGGGGAGCCAAGAGGGGCAUCAGAGGGGAGGGUGGGGGCUGCAGGGAGGAUGCGCUGUUUGUUGAAAACCAAACAGGAAUUGUUAGAUGCACCAGCCUCCAGGCAGCUGGAGGAGCUUGAGCAAAGGCCUGGAGGUGUGACCAAGCCCUGAGCACCUGGAGGUGGGGGAGGUGGUCUUUGUCACCCAAAGUCCAGGCCAGAGUUGCUAAUGCCCUGCUCUUAAGAGGCGGGAGGACUGGAGCAACACCC